AUGGAUUUGGAAGAAUUUGAGACGUACCCGUGGGGGAGACUGGUUUUUAAGUGGUUGAUAAACUCUGUGAAGCGUAAAGAUUUUACAAAGACUUAUACCAUAGAUGGGUUUGCCCAAGUUCUCCAAGUUUGGAUCUACUUUGCUCUGCCCGACUUUGCUGCAGUCUUUGGGAAGCCCAUACGAAACAAAUCGAGUCCCCCUUUUCUGGCUUACAAGGGACAUAAAGGACGAAAAUUUGUCAAAGAGGACUCGCGUAAUGAAAUGUUCCCUCAACGGGACAAUGAUGUUGGUGAUGUGGCGGUUGAAAACUUGCUCCCUUUCAACGAAGAAAGAAGAGCUCCGAAAAAAGCUCGUACAGUGGCUUAUACAGAAUCUCUUCCAUCAGAUGAUCAUAUUGAGCCUCCACCAGAGUCUUCUGCUGCUAGGAAUGGGCUUACGAGAGUAGAGAUUGAGCAAAUGUUCAAGGAGAUGACAAAUGACUGCUGGACCCGAAUAAGACUGAGCGUGAACCAGGAAUUCUUGGAUUUGAGUGAGAGUGUGAACGGGGACAAACGAGAAAGGGAGAACACAGAACCCGAUGGCAUGAAAGAACCAAGUGUUGUCAUUAUGGACAAAACAAAACCAACUAACUCAGAUUUAAAGAAGGAGGAAGAAAGACGUUUUGAAAAAAAAAUGAUGCUAUUAAAGAAUAUUUUCGUGAAAAAAGUGAACGAGAAAGGAAGCUUGCCGCGUCACAGCAAUCUCCUUCUCGUUUCAACCAAGAAGUUUGUUCAUGGAUAUGAUCCAUUUGCACCGGUUGAGAAAGUGCUUCUUGACUUUCUGAAAAAGAUCCAUAAGUCAUGA